GUGAUUGGUACCGUAGAAUAAUACUAUUCCAUGCCAAAAUAUUAUACCAUGUGUAGUUAUGUCAGCUUACAUUCGUAUGGCCAUGGCGUACACGCGGUAAAUACUAAAUAAUAAAUUUGAUAAUUCUGUGAUUUUGAGUUCUGACCAUUCUUUAUCUUGAUAAAAUUGACAAUUGUAGUUAAAUCAAAAAUUUUGAUUAACAAAUURAUAUAAUGAAACAAUUAACGGAUGACCGAAUGAAAGUGUUUUUCGAAAAAUUGUCAAAAUACAUUGGUUCAAAUAUCAAGUUAUUAAUUGAUCGUUCAGAUGGAAAAUAYUGUUUUCGUGAGAAAAAAGAYCGAGUUUAUUAUGUAUCUGAAAAAGUAUUAAAUAUGGGAUCCAUGAUGAAUCCCGAUAACAUAAUUAGCAUAGGUACAUGUUUUGGAAAAUUUACCAAGUCUGGAAAAUUUAGAAUACAUAUAACAUCUUUAGAUUAUCUAGCUCCAUAUGCUCAGCAUAAAAUGUGGAUAAAACCUGCUGCUGAACAACAAUUUUUGUAUGGCCAUAAUGUUUUAAAAUCUGGCCUUGGGCGAAUUACAGAAAGUACUACUCAAUACCAAGGAGUUAUAGUAUUCUCAAUGAGUGAUGUUCCUUUGCAGUUUUUAAACGAUAAUACAAAUCUAUGUCACAUACAGUGAAACCUCUAAAUACCGGACACUCUCGGUCGAUUAAAUGUUGUCCGCUAUUAAGAGAGGAAAU